UGGGAACAAAUUGGCAUCGACGGGACUGGGAAAGACGGAAUUUUACCGUUCGCACCGCCAUGGGCAAUAGCUCGAGACGAAGCAACCGGAGGAGACGCUCGGAUGACUCGGAGUCCGAGUCUGCAUCUGAAUACGAGUCUGAUUCCGACAGCCGGGACUCAUCCCCUGCCCGGAGGUCCAGCAAGCGCCGGGAGAGCAGCAGCAAGAGAAGUCGCCGGAGCCGGAGCCGGCUCCGUGAUUCCGACGACAGCGAUGGCGGCGAUUCCAACCGCGGGAAGAAGAGAAGAUCCUCGAGAGAUAUAUCGGAGGAGGAAAUUGCAGCGUACAUUGGGAGAAAAGCACAGAAGAAGGCUGCGAGUGUGGCGAAAAAGUUGAAGUCGCAGACAGUGGCUGGUUAUUCUAACGCAUCGAAUCCGUUUGGCGAUUCGAACCUUAAUGAAAAAUUUGUUUGGAAGAAAAAGAUUGAGCGGGAUAUUGUUCAGGGCGCAACGCUGGAUGAGUUUUCUGUUAAAGCCGAGAAGAAGAGACAGAAAGAGAGAAUGGCGGAGAUCGAGAAAGUGAAAAGGAGAAGGGAGGAAAGAGCACUUGAAAAGGCGCAGCAUGAGGAAGAAAUGGCAUUGCUUGCAAGGGAACGCGCUCGUGCAGAGUUCCAAGACUGGGAGAAGAAGGAAGAAGAGUUUCAUUUUAUUCAAAGUAAAGUCAGGUCAGAAAAACGUUUACGUGAAGGCCGUGCAAAGCCAAUAGAUGUUCUCACCAAUCACCUCAGUGGUUCAUAUGAUCUGGGCAUUGAACUGGAUGAGCCGUACAUGGUUUUCCAGGGCUUGACAGUGAGAGAAAUGGAAGAGCUUCGUGAUGACAUCAAGAUGCAUUUGGAUAUGGAUACAGAGACACCUACACAUGUAGAGUACUGGAAGGCACUCCUCGUGGUUUGUGAUUGGGAGCUUGGUGAAGCUCGAAGGAAGGAUGCACUUGAUCGAGCUCGAGUCCGUGGAGAAGAACCCCCUGCAGAAUUGCUUGCCGAAGAGAGAGGCAUGCAUUCUAGCAUUGAAGCGGACGUGAGAGAUUAUUUGCAGAGGAAAACAUACAAAGAGCUAGAGAACAUACAUUCUGGUGUAGAGAACCAGCUUCGGUCUGGUACAGCGAAGGUUGUAGAGUUCUGGGAAGUCAUUCUUAAAAGGAUCCAUAUAUACAAGGCUAAGGCUUUCUUGAAAGAAUUUUACACUGAUAUGUUGCGUAAACAUCUUGCCCGUCUUGAGCAACAUCCUGAGGUUGAAAAUAGAUAUGAAUCUACUGAUGCUUUGAGUCCUAUAGAGGAGGAUGAAACUGAGCAUGAAGAUACCCAAGCAAUCUCCCCAAAACCGAUAGUGCAAGAAGAAACUGCUGAGCCUGAAGAGGAAACUGGAUCAUUUUCUCCUCAGCUUAUGCAUGGUGAUGAUAACGAAGAGGCCAUCGAUCCUGAAGAGGAUAGGGCUGCACUGGAACGAAGACGGUUGGCAGUAUUACUAGAACAACAAAGGAGACGUCAAGAAGCUAUGGCAUCGAAGCCAGCACCAUCAGAAGAUAACCUUGAAAUAAAGGCCAUGAAAGCUAUGGGAGCUAUGGAGGAAGGGGAUGCCGUUUUUGGAUCUGGCUCUGAAGUGAAUCUCGACUCAGAGGUUUACUGGUGGCAUGAUAAAUAUCGGCCGAGGAAACCGAAGUAUUUCAACCGUGUUCAUACUGGGUAUGAGUGGAACAAGUACAACCAGACACACUAUGAUCAUGACAACCCGCCUCCGAAGAUUGUGCAAGGUUACAAGUUUAACAUCUUCUAUCCCGACCUCGUUGACAAGUCUAAAGCGCCCACAUAUACAAUCGAGAAGGACGGAAACAGCGCGGAGACUUGCAUUAUAAGGUUCCACGCUGGGCCCCCAUAUGAAGACAUUGCUUUCCGAAUUGUCAAUAAAGAGUGGGAGUAUUCCCACAAGAAGGGCUUCAAAUGCACCUUUGAGAGAGGGAUUCUGCACGUCUACUUCAACUUCAAGAGGUACCGCUACCGGAGGUGACCUAUUAUUGCUGGUUAUGAUCUUCUUCAUGCUGGAAGCUAUUGGAUAUUUUUAAGCCAUUUCAGCUAUUCAUGUGAAAUAUAAGAUCCUGUUCGUCAUGUAGACUAUUUUUCAAGUGGUUCCUGUAAGCCCUUCCACACAGCUCUAGAAAUACAUUGGAACUUGAGACAUGUUGUUUGUCUUUUACACCUGUGAUGUAAAUCCUAGUCGAGCAGUAGAUCAGACAAGUUAUCAUGCUUAAAUAAUGAAGUCAAAUUUUUAUUUAAUCUUCAAAA